AUGGCCUCCGCGACGGGGGGUUCCUCCACGGAGAUGGCGGUGGACCACCCGACGGGGCCGGGCGCCGCCGUGGAGAAGCCGCGGUUCGAUGCUCUGAUGCCGAGUGAGAUGAACGGCGGGAGGCCCCAGUUCCGAAAAAAGUGCCCGUGCCGCAGCACCGGUGUAGGCUGCAUCAUAUCUGUCAGGCCCAUUAAACCGUUUCCUCUGUUCCAGGCAAGGAGGGUGGAGCUAAAGACAAGGCGAGACACACCAGAUGUCAGCAACCUUCAGAAAUGUGCGGACUUUGUGCAUGCUUUUAUGCUUGGGUUUGACAUUGCUGAUGCCGUUGCUUUGCUGCGUCUUGAUGACCUGUAUGUGGAUUCCUUUGAGAUCAAGGAUGUGAAGACCCUGCGAGGGGAGCAUCUGUCACGUGCUAUCGGCCGCUUAUCAGGGAAAGGAGGCAAGACCAAGUACGCCAUUGAGAACUCUACCAGGACCCGCAUCGUUAUCGCUGAUACAAAGAUCCAUAUACUUGGAUCCUUUGUUAACAUCAAGGUCGCACGAGAUUCGCUAUGCAGUCUCAUCUUGGGUUCUCCUGCUGGCAAAGUGUAUUCUAAGUUAAGGGCUGUAUCAGCUAGUAGCUGA